AUGACCCCGUCUACUUCUCCUCGUGCAGUAGGCGGUGCACUUCGAGUGAAUCCCUUCGCUCCUUUUCCUGUUCCCUGUCAUCGAGUCAUUUCUUCGAAAUAUUUUAUUGGCGGAUUUGACGGCGAAUGGGGCACCGGUGAAAAAAUUGGUGAUAAACGAGAGAAAUUAGCAGCUGAAGGAAUUACAUUUGAUGAACAAGGCUACCUUACAAGAACGCAAUCUUAUGCACGAGUUGGGAUUAUGGGAAAUCCCUCAGAUGGAUUUUAUGGCAAAACUAUAUCAAUGUUAAUUAAUAAAUUUUCCGUAAAAUUGACUUUACUUCCAAAUGAACUCGCAAAUAAUCUGACAGAAUAUCAAAUCAUCAAUUUUCAAUCUCCUGAAAAUGGUCAAGUUAUGUACACUUUUCCAAAUAUGAAUUCAUUAAUCACCACCAACCCAUCGAUAUUCGAUCAAGACAAUCGAGGGAACUCAUUACUUUGGGCAACCUGCAAAGUUUUUCAUGAAUAUUGCAAAACGCAUGAUAUUCCCUUUCACAGUCAUGACGAUAAUAAAGGAUUCACCAUUUCAUUCAAGACAACUAUCCCGCGACAAGUUGGACUCAGUGGAUCAUCAGCAAUAAUUACCGCUUUUUGGAAAGCUUUAAUGAUUUUUUAUGGGGUUAGUCGUAAUCAAAUUAGCUUUGAAGUACAAGCUUCGUUGGUGCUUGCUGUUGAGAAAGAUGUUCUGGGAAUUUUCGCGGGAUUGCAGGAUCGUGUUAUUCAGACUUUUGGUGGAUUGAUGUUUAUGGAUUUUGGAAAAGCGUACUUGGAAAAGCAGGGGUUUGGAAAGUAUGAGCGUAUUUCGCAUGAGAAUUUGCCGCAAGGGUUGUGGCUGGCUUAUGAGACUAAUCCUAGUGAUUCAGGGAAAAUUCAUAGUGAGGUGCGUACGAAAUGGGAGGCAGGUGAUGCACAGGUAAUCAAUGCAAUGAAUAGCUUUGCGGAGUUUGCAGAACAAGCCAAGGAAAUUUUAUCACGAAAAAUUGAUACACAACAAACAAGAAAUUUUGUUCGUAAAGAACUUGCUCGACUUAUGAACAAUAAUUUCUCGUUACGUCGUGAAUUAUACGGCGAUCACGUCUUGGGACCAGCGAAUUUACUUAUGAUUGAAAUUUCGCAUAAGUAUGGGUUUGCCGCAAAACUAACUGGAUCUGGUGGUGCUAUUUUAGGGCUUUUGGAGGGUGAUGACGACAACAUCGACGUCAUUACGAAGAAUGUGGAGGAUUUGAAAUCGCAUUUAGAAAGAGAAGGGUUUGCCUUUGAAUGGAUAAAGAUUCAGUUACCUGAAAUACCUGAAAAGAUAGAAUAUUGA